CCUUUCGGACUACAUCCUUCCUUCAAAGCGUUUUGCCUCGCCGUGAGGACAAGCGUGACGUCAAACGGCCCGCGACCGGUCGCAGUCAAGCUCUCUGACCACACCUCGGAGCACCCUGUUUGCUGCGGAUCUUCCUCUGCGCGCCAUUACGGGCGUGCCGGCGGCUGAGAGCGCAGCUCAACGGAAGCGGCGCCGGGGCGACGCCAGUCCGUGUUCAACGCCCAAGCUUAGAACAAUUUAGUCCCUUCAGCAGCAAUGGGCUCCCUAUUCCAAAGAGGCGGCAGCAGCGGCGGCAAGCGCGCCACUGCCUUCAUUUACCUGUUUGAAGUGGGCGGCGCCGAGCCCGCGGCAGAGGGCGCGGCCGCGGCCGGCGCCUCCGCCGGCGCAGCCGCGGCCGAAGGCCGCGGCGGCGGCGCGGCAGGGCCUUUCCUGGUGACUGGGCUGCCGGCGGACGUGCGCUGUGUCCGACUGGCGGUGUUCCGAGGACACAAGAAGCUGGGGGCCAGCGAAGCGGCCGACACGCAGCCGGGCGGCGUGCAGGGCGGCACCGCGGAGCUGCACGGCUUCGACUUCCGCACGCGGCUGCACCGCGACCCGGCCGCACCCAUGGCCAACACACUCAGCCCCAAGAUCGCCCAGGUGGCGCUGCAGGCCAAGCGCGGCGGCAGCGGCAGUAUCGGCAGCAGCAGCCGCGGCAGUAGCAGCCACCACGGCGGCGGCGGCGCCAGCUCGCUACUGCCUGCCUUCCUGGAGCCGUGGGAGGACCUGGCGGUGGCGUCAGUGGAUUUGUCGGCGCUGGCCAACAGGCAGGAGCGGCUGGCCUUCGGAACGGAGGUCGGCGCCGCGGCGAGUGGCGGCAGCGGCGCCGCCGCGCCCUCACGCCGCCACGUGCUGUGGAGCAACCCCGAGGCAGGCGACAUCGGCCUGCAGGUUACCAUGGGCUCCUACGCUCAACACGAAGGCCGCUCCGCCAUGCGCCGCCUGCUGGAGCCGCUGGGCCUGCCGCCACACACCGCCGCCGCCGCCGCCGACGCGCCCACUGCGCCGCCCUCCGCGCCCCUCUCCCCGAGCUCCACUGACCACGCCACCACCGCUGGCUCCAGCACCACCACGGCCACCGGGCCGCUACAGCCGCUAGCCGCCGACGCCGCGCCGACGGUGCCGGCUGCGCGCCAGGAGACGGCGAGCGCUGGCGGCGCCGCCGACCCCGGCAUUACCGCCGGCGUCCCAGGCGAGCACAAAGACGCCGUCGCCGCCACCAAAACGACGAUGGCGGCGGGGGCAGAGCAGCCGAGUGAGGCUUUGAAGACGCGCAUGGGCGAGGUGGCGGUGGCGAGCGCCGCCGCCGCGGGCGCGGGGCCGCUGGCGGCUGGCACGACCAGCGGCGUUACAGGCAAGGAGGGCUCGCCGGGCCACGGUCUACACCGUCAUCACCACGGCCAGCACCACGAGGCCUCGGGCGAGCAGCAGCUGCCACGUCAGGAGCAGGAGCUGGAGCAGGGCGGCGGCGGCGGCGCCGCCGCCGCCGCCGCCACUGGCGGCACCACUGGGGGCACUGGCCUGCCCAGGGCGCCGCUGGAGCCGACCGACUCAGUCGAGGGCACUGUGCCGUACCCCCUGGGGGUGGCUCUCAGCAGCGAGAUAGGCGGUGGCAGCGCUGGCGAGGUCAAUGGCGAGGUUGGCGGCGGCGGUGGCACCUGCGGCGGCGGGUCGCUACGCUCGCGCGCCGCCCGCCUGCCGUCUGAGCAGCUGCCGCGCACGCCGCGCCCGUCCAUGGAUGAGACCUACCAGCGCUCAGCGGCAGGCACUGGAAACGCACUGCCUGUGGCUGCGGCGGCUGUGGCGGCCCCCGCUGCCACCCUGCUGGGCGGCCGCGGUGACUCCGCCUCCACCUCAAACCAGAUGCUGUCGCCGGCGGCACCUCUGCCGCCCCAAGACACCGCCGGCACCGCCACUGGCACAGCUCCUACUCCGACUGCUGCUACCGAGACCACCGCCGGCACCCCUACCGCUACCACCGCCUUAGCCGCCACCACGAGCGGCGACAAGACUGGCGCCGGCAGCUUGGCUGGCACCGCCACCCGUGGCCUGGUGGCGGGCGGCCUUGUGGCGCCUGCCAUUGGCGCCGCCGAGCGCGGCGGCCGCGGGCUUGUGGGGGCGUUGGAGUCGGCGGCGGCGGCACCGGUUAACGCGGCUGCGGACGCGGCGCGGCGGGCGGUGGAGGCGGGCACAGCCAUGGUGGAGGCACCGGUGAAGGCCGCUGGUGGGCUGGUGUCCCGUGCGGCCGACGUGACGCAAGGCGUGGUGACUGCCCCCGUCAAGGCCGCGGGCGCCCUUGCCAAGGGCACUGCCGACGUCGCACUGGGCGCGGCGGCGGUGCCGGUGGCGCUGGUGACUGGCGGGCCGGCGGCGGCGGUGGCGGCGGGCGCACGUGCGCUGGAGGCCCCGCUAGAGGCCGGUCGUGCGCUGGUGAGUGGCGGCGCGGCGCUGGGCGCGGCGGCGGCGGAGGCUCCAGUCCGCUUGGGCGCCGGCGCGGUGCGAGGCGUCGCAAACAUUGUGGAAGGCGCUGUCACCGCCCCAGUCGAGCUGACCAAGUCCGCCAUCCAGACCGCCACGAACGCCGCCACCGCGCUCUACGAGGCGCCGCUGGAGGUCACCCGUAUCGCCUCAACCGCAGUCGGCGGCGGCGCGAGCGCCGCCGCCACCGCCCCCAUGCGCGCCGCUGGCGCCGCCACCCACGGCGCUGUCGACGCCGCCACAGGCCUCAUCAACGCACCUGCCAGCCUGGCGGCGGCGGCGGGCACCACUGCCGUCGGCGCCGGCACGGCGGCGGCGACCAAGGCGACGGAUGCCGUGGCGUCUGUGAUCAAGGGCGGCCUUGAUGCGGCCGCGGCGGCGGUGAAGGCUCCUGUACAGGCCACGUCUGCUGUCAGCAAGGGCGUCACAGGCGCGGCCAUCCGUGGCACGUCCACCGCCGCCGUGCCAGCCGCUGCCGCCGCGCUUGGCGGCCGCCGCCGCUCCGACGACACCGCCGCCCAGCCCGACGUCGGCACUCCCACUGCCGCCACCGCCGUCGCCCCAGAUGAGGCCCAGCCCUACCGCCAGUCACACGAGAUCGCGCCCCAGGAGCCCUCUCCCGAGCGGCCAGGCGUGGGCGUGCCAGCACCCCUGGCGGAGCCGUCGCCAGGCGCCGACGCCCACGGCGCAGGCGCUCACGCCGCCCACGUCACCGCAACCCUGCCCAGCUCCGCUGCUCUUGCCGGCCCCGCCGGCGCCGGCGCACUGGCCGAGGGCGAGUACGGCGCCGCCGGCGUCACGCCGAUGCGUGAGGCGCACGUGCGGGCGCCAGUGUCGCUGCCGUACCCGCCGCCGGCGCCGGAUGUGGAGCCGACGGCGGGCCAGACGGUGGCGUCUGACGUGGCGGCGAUGGCCAUGCUCGCUGACGUCAUGGCAGCCAACGCCGCCGCCGCCGCCGGCCGGCAGCGGGAGGUGCGGGAUGACGGCGCCGAGGUGCACGGCGGGCUGGUGAGGUCGGAGGCCGGCCGGGAGGAAGACCGAGCUGCGGGGCCGUCAUCCCAGCAGAUGCUACAGCCGCAGCCGCAGCAGCAGGAGCAGCAGCAGGAGCAGCAGCAGCUGCUACAGCCUGACCUGGAGGCGGAGUUGGGCCAGGCGCGGUACGAGACGGAGGAGAAGCGGCGGCUGGGCGAUCACGGCGAGCAGGAGGGAAUGGGUGGGGCUGGCGGCGGCCUGACGGCGGCGGCGGCGGCGGCGCAGCCCACCGACGUCAAGCCCAAAGGCGGCAUUAUGGGCGCCGGCCUGAAUGCCCUUCACGGCACUGCUGCCGCCACCGCGGCCGCGCUGGGCGUGGAGCCGCUGUUCCGGGCGGCGGAGCGAGGCGCCGGUGCCCUGGCCGACACCGCCGCAACCGCAGUGACGUCUCCGGUCACCGCCGCCGCCGGCCUGGGCAAGGCGGCGGUGGACACGGCGGCGGCGGCCACAGGCGGCACCGCCGAGGCACUGGGCGGCCUAGCGCGUGGAGCCAUCGGCAUCACACAGAGUGUGGUGACUGCCCCUGUCAAGGCCGCGGGCGCCCUUGCCAAGGGCACUGCUGACGUCGCACUGGGCGCGGCGGCGGUGCCAGUGGCGCUGGUGACGGGCGGGCCGGCGGCGGCGGUGGCGGCGGGCGCACGUGCGCUGGAGGCCCCGCUAGAGGCCGGUCGUGCGCUGGUGAGUGGCGGCGCGGCGCUGGGCGCGGCGGCGGCGGAGGCUCCAGUCCGCCUGGGCGCCGGCGCGGUGCGAGGCGUCGCAAACAUUGUGGAAGGCGUUGUCACCGCCCCAGUCGAGCUGACCAAGUCCGCCAUCCAGACCGCCACCAACGCCGCCACCGCGCUCUACGAGGCGCCGCUGGAGGUCACGCGCGCAGUGGGCAACGCCGUGAGCGGACCCGCCUCCGCCGCCGCCACUGCCCCCAUUCGCGCCGCUGGCGCCGCAACCCACGGCGCCGUCGACGCCGCCACGGGCCUCAUCACAGCUCCUGUGGCCGCCGCCGCAGCCGCGGUCAAGGGACUGGCGGACGCGGGCACCGGUGUGGUGACGGCGCCGGUGGAGACCCUGGGCGGUGUGCUCUCCAGCGCGGUGGAUGCGGCGGCGGCGGUCGCCCGCGCGCCCGUGCACGGCGCCGCGGCUGUGGCGGGUGCGGCACUCGGAGGAAUGGCCUCCCGCGCGCGCACGUCGGGCGCGGCGCACGAGGCGGCCGGCACCGCUCUGGCGCUGCCGGCGGCCGCCGCCCGCGGCGGUGUGCGCGCCAUCAGCGGCAUUGGCGACGUCGUCAUUGCCAUUAUCGGGCUGUCAGCAGGUGCGCUGGCCGCCGCGGUGUUGGGUCCCGCCUUCGCCACCUACCGCCUCUCCGCCGCCGCCUGGCACUGGCUGCUCCGCGGCCUGGGCCUGGCACGCCCGCCCUACCCCGGCCCCUCCAUCGCCGGCCAGCCCGCCUACCGCACCGGCGGAGCUGGCCUAGACACCUCCACUCCGAGCGGCACCGGCGCCGGCGGCGGCCUGUCUGAGGCCGAGGAGCGCUAUCUGCAGCACUCGGGUCUGCCGCUGCGGCGCCGCCGCGGAGGCGAGGAGUACUCCCCUGACGGCCGCGGGCGGCGGCGCCGUGGCGGGCUGUUGGGCCUGGCGGCGGGCGCCUGGGCGGCGGCGGCGGCGGCGCUGGGCUACGGACUGGAGAUCCUGGGUGGCGUGCUGCUGGCGGCUGUGAUGGGCACCGUGGGCACCGCCGCCCUGCUGGUGCGCUGGCUGACGGACGAGCGCUCGCCGUUGCUGUCGCCGCUGUCGCCCGAGCUGCGUGAGGAGCGGGCGCGCGCCCUCAUGCACCGCACCACCCAGCCCGCCCACAUGGCGCCGUCGCCAGCAGCAGCCGGCCAUGCUACUGCCGUGGGCCCUGCGGGCUACAGCCGCCCUCAUGAGGGCGAGGGCGAGGUGGAGGACGUGGAGGAGCAGGGGCGCGAGGCGGGUGCGGAGGGUGGCGCCCGCCGCCGCCACGGCGGCCGUGGCGGCGCGCUUGCGCCGCUGGCGGGCGCCGCAGCGGGCCUGGCAGCGGCGGUUACUGGCAAGGGCCACCGCCGCCGCCGCCACGGCCAAGACAAGGAUAAAGACAAGGACAAGGCAGAGGAGGCUUCCUCAUCGCCAUCUUCAUCUUCCUCAUCGGAUGAGGACUACGACCAGAAAGUGCGGGACUACCACGAGAAGGUGCUGGGGCUGCGUCCCUCGCAGCGCAGCGCGCCGCUGAAGCAGCGGCUGAGGCAGGCGCAGCACGUGGCGGGCACCACUGCUGCCACAGCCGGUACGCUGGCCUCCCGCGGCCUGCACGCCGCCGGCGACGUGGCGGGGGGUGUGGCGGACGGCGCGCUGCUGCUGGGGGCGGUGCCCGUGGCAGGCACCGCGGCGCUCGUGGGCACAGCGGCGGCGGCGACGCUGACGGUGCCGGCGGUCGGUGCGUACGGCGCCUAUGCCGGCGGCAAGGCGGCAGUGGAGGGUGGCAAGCGGGUGGCGGCGGCGGGCGGCACGGCGCUGGGCUGGGCCAUAGACACGGCCUGGGACAUGCUGGACUGGGCCUGGGACAUGGCGGAGCGGCUGGCUGGCAUCGCGCUGGGUUUGAUGCUGGGCCUGAUGUGGGCGGCGGCGCGAGUGGCUGACCGCCUGCUGCGCUACAUGGCCGGCAGCGUGGCGGCGGCGGCGGCCGGGCCGGCGGCGCGCAUGGCGGCGGGCCGGCAGGCGGCUGUGUCCCGGCGCCUGGGGCCGCGCUACGGCAGCGGCGGCGUCACCGUGGUGCCUUCGCCUGUCAAGCACCUGCUGCUGCCCGGCGCCGCACACGCACUGCUGCGCUCCUCACACGGCGCCUACGGCGGCGCCCCUGGCAGCCUGGGCGCCGGCGCCGGGCCCCUCACCCGCGUGGGUUCCGACGGCUCGGUCCUGUCGGAGGCCACAACGCUGCACUCCACUGCUACCGGCGCCUUUAGCAGCGCCAAUGACGGAGGCGCCGGCAGCUACGGCGCCGGCGGCGGAGGCCUGCUGGCGACGCUGCUGACGCUGCCGGUGCUGGGCCUGGCGGCCGCCGCCGCCACCACCGACUUGUGGGCCUGGCGCGGCCGACAGCUGCUGUCGUACCUGUGGUGGGCAACCAUCGGCAACCGAGCCAACGGUGGCUAUGGCGGCACCACCGGCACCAGGGGCACUACUGCUGGGAUGAUGCUGGGCCUUCCACGCAGUCGCCAGUCGCUGCGUCAGCAGCGCCGCUUCGGCGCUGGCGCCGCCGCCGCACCCGCCGGCCUCUUUGGCACAGCCGGCGGCGCGUCCAAGCUGACGGCGGAGGAGCGGGCCGCCGCCGCGCAGCGCGAGCUGGCGCCGUCCGCGGCGGCUGAGCCGCCGGCCGUGCAGCGCGCCGCCGCGGCUGGCCGCCCCGUGGCGCCACCUGGCUACCCCUCCCGCCACGGCGACCAGCGUGACACCCACGAGGGACCCGCUGCCGCCUUCGGCUCCAAGCUCGCGUCGCUGGGCACUGCUGGCGGUGUCGGCGCCAUUGGAGGUAUGGUGGCGGCCUCCGCCACCGGCCGCGGCCGCCACCACCACGACGAGCACGGCGCGGGUGAUAGCAGCCCCGUCGACCGGGAGCAUGAGCGGGAGCGCAGCCUGCGACUGGAUGCAGGCAUGGAGCCCAUUCCGGAGGCGGAGGCGGAGGAGGUGGGCGAGGGCGGCUUCCUGCACCGCCGCACUCCGCGGUCACCGUCUUCCGCAGAGCGCCAGGGGGGUGGUGGAGUCAUUGGCUACCACCAUGAGCAGACCGGCGCGCGCCACGUGUUUAGCGGCACCGGCACCGGCACCGGCACCGGCACCGGCACCGGCACCGGCACCGGCACCGGCACCGGCACCGGCGCCGGCAUCGACACGGAGGAGUCGCGCCACCGCGGCGGCGGUGUUCAUCACGAGCACGUCAGCGCCGUCGCUGCCAGUGGCUACCACCCGCACCCGCAGCACCACGGCCACGGCCAUGUGACACAGCCGCUGCGCGACAUGCUGGGCCUGGGCUUGGGCGGCGCCGGCGCCGGCCGCAACCACCACAACCACCAUGACCAACAGUUGCAGCAACAGCAGCAGGGGCAGACCCACGGCCAGCAGCUGCGCGAGCAGGGGUCGCGGCAGGAGCAUGAGAAGGAGGAGUUCCACCGCUCUGAUGCCGCGCACUACAGCUCUGACCUGACGUCGCCGCCAUCCGCCGUCGACAACAACCGGGCGGGUGGCGGCGGCGGAGGCGACGGCGCCGGCAGCAGUGCUAUCGGCGUUGGCAGCACUGUGGGCAGCGGGGUCGGAGCCGCAGGCGUCACUGGUGCUCAGCAGCCGCAGGUGCACCAGGACUACCCCGCGGGACCUCAGGCUGGCGACGGCGAGGCCGAGGGACCCGACACAUACGCCACACGGAACGACAAGCCCCACCGCGGCGGCGCCGCCGCCGGCACCGGCGGCGUGCUGUCGAGCAUCAGCCACGCCGCUCAGAAGGUGGCGGGCGUGAUGGCGGCGCCGGUCACCAAGCUAACCGGCGGCGGCGGCGGUGGCCACACCACUGCCGGCCACAAGGCCGCCGCGACCACUACCACACCAGGCGACAUUGACAACAACGGCCGCGCUGGACGGGACCAGGACCCAGGCGUGCAGCCGCCGACGGCGUCAGCCGUGGGUGCGCCGGUGACGCCGUCGUUGAUGCAGGGCGCGGCAGGCGGGCUGGCGGCGCCGGGGGUUAUUUCGGGCAUGUCCCAGACGGUUAUGCCGCAACACAGCCAUCGGGUGCAGCACGUGGGUGGCAUGGACGUCACUGAGCGCUAAGAGUUCACACUCCUAAGCGUAUUCGUGUGGUACAUGCGGUUUUGAAGAGGGGCAGGAGGAGGUGCGGAGGAUGGAUGAGGUGGCGGGCAUGGGACUGUGACAGGGGGCGACAGGGGAUCCAGCUGCUUCUCGAUGGUUAGUUGGUGGAAUUGCGCCGAUAUGAUGAGAUGCGGGAGGGGGAAGGACCCUGCGUAACGUUCAAGCCUUUUGACACGUUGCGAGGAGGGAAACAGCGAGGGGACAGUUGUUUGUGGGAAGCAAUAGGGCUGCAGACUGGAGAUUGCAGACUGCUAGACGGUUUGCGUCAGAACCGUGUGCCAUGCGGUUUCUAGGACAUGAUAAGUUGCGGCGCAUGACCGUGUAGUUGAAAGAGGCGGUUGACACCAGCCCGUUGACAACGUUGACAUGACACACGACAUACGCCGA